GCUCGCUCUAUCUCGAUCAUGAAGUCUCGCAUUCCCCUCUUAUAUGGCUCAGCCGCGUUCGGUUUGGAGGGCACGCUAGGCACACGCAUACACGAUAUCGAUGAAUGUCGGAAGGUUGCUGAAUACCUGAGCUCGAAAGGCUACCACGAGUAUGACUGCGCUCGCAGGUACGGUGAUGGGUCGUCAGAAGAAUUCCUUGGGAAGCUGAGGGACAUGGGCGCUCUGGAAGGCGCUAUUAUCGACACUAAGGUGCUCGUUGCUGUCCCAGGCGCCCCGGGAGACCAUACACCCGACAAGAUCCGCGCGUCGUUACAGGCGUCGCUCGAAGCCUUGAAAACCGAUAAGGUCCGGGUCUUCUAUCUGCACCACCCUGACAGGGGCACACCGCUCGAGGAGACCCUAUUCGAGAUAAAUGAGCUAUACAAGCAAGGAAAGUUCGAGUACUUUGGGCUCAGCAACUAUUACUCGUGGGAGGUCGCAGAGAUAGCUACAAUAGCCAGGUUAAAGGGAUGGGUCAGGCCGACCGUGUAUCAAGGCAUCUACAACGCCCUCGAGCGCAACAUUGAAACCGAACUUAUACCAUGCCUUCGCAAACAUGGACUGAAGUUCAUCGCAUAUAGUCCUAUGGCUCGCGGUCUACUCGGAGGCAUAGAUCCCAGUGCUCCAGCGAAAGGUAGUCGAUGGGACCAUAGCUCUUCCGUGAUGGCCCCAGGCCUGCAUGCGCGUUACAAAGGUUACACGGAGACGUUCGCUCAGCUUACAGAGACUCUGAAACGACACAAUCUAAGCGGAGCUGAGGUUGCUUUGCGAUGGAUCCAGCAUCACAGCGCACUGGGGCCAGAGGACGGCAUCAUCCUCGGCGCAAGCGGCCUCCAGCAGCUUCAGGAUAACGUUGAGGCUAGUGAGAAAGGGCCAUUGCCGGACGAGAUCGUGGAUGUGCUGCAGGAGACGUGGGUCGUGAACAAGGGACGCUCGCCUCCUUACUUCACGCCCAGCCGGUGAAGUCAUAUUUCUGACAUGUCCGUUAUCACGGUGUAAUCUCCUAGGAUCAAUGCAGCAGGGGGAUUCCAUGGGGGCGGGGUAUUCGUGUGCACUGACUGACAUACCCAGCGUAAAGGAAAG